AUGUCUGCCCCCAACGUUGACAAGCCCAACGAGGGCAUCGUCGGCCAAGUCGUCAACUCCGCCAAGAACGCCGCCAACUACGUCUCCGAGUCCAUCCAAGGCAACAGCGCCGAGGCCAGCAAGGAGGCCAACAAGCAGCAAGCCAAGGGCAACGUCCCGGGCAACGACUCCAUCACCGACCGUGUCUCGGGUGCAUUGGGCGCCGCCGGCGACAAGGUCGACGAGAAGAAGCACGACUCUGCCGCCAAGGCGAACAAGGAGGCCAUCUAA